AUGGGUGCCAAAGUACCCCGAAAUUUCCGGCUGUUGGAGGAGUUGGAGAAGGGAGAGAAGGGUCUUGGUGCCGAGGCAUGCUCGUACGGUCUCGAUAAUGGAGACGACCUGCUGAUGUCGGACUGGAAUGGUACCAUUCUUGGACCCCCUCACAGCGUCCACGAGAACCGCAUCUACAGCGUAAAGAUACACUGUGGUCCCAACUACCCUGAUCUUCCUCCCGAGAUCUCCUUUACCUCCAAGGUGAACCUACCGUGUGUCGACCAGCGGAACGGAAAGGUUGAUCCAACGAAGGUGCCCUGUUUGGCUCAAUGGAAGCGCGACUUCACUAUGGAGACCAUCCUGAUUGAGCUUCGGAGGUAUAUGGCUCUGCCGCAACACAAGAAGCUGCCGCAGCCUCCUGAGGGCAGCACAUACUGA